CGCCUCGGUCUACAGCUUCUCGUUCUCAGCUGGUUCACUCUCAGCGCAACUCGUCCCCUCGUUUGAGAAUUGAUACUUGAACAUGUCUGACGACGGAUAUGGCGGUGGUGGCGGCGGCGGAGACGACUAUGAUUAUGACGGUCCCGGUUUCACCGAGGACGCCUUCGACGAGGGCUACGACCUGCUCGCAACAGAGCUCCCAGACGGCGAGGCAAACGGAGAGGGCGAGCAGGUGAACGGCUAUGCUGGCACGAACGGCGCAGAAAACGGACAAGACGCUCCGAAUGGCGAGGGUGCGCAGGAGCCCGCGGCAGCAGCACCACGCGACGAGCGACAACCCAACAAGGUCCGGGUCACGACUCCCUACCUGACGAAAUACGAGCGGGCACGAGUGCUGGGAACAAGAGCGUUGCAGAUUAGUAUGAACGCGCCAGUACUGGUACCUCUGGAUGGCGAAACGGACGCGUUGCAAAUCGCCAUCAAGGAGCUCUCGCAGCGAAAAAUCCCCCUGAUCAUCCGACGUUACCUCCCCGAUGGUAGUUUCGAGGACUGGAGCGUGUCGGAGCUCAUCAGCGACUGAGCUGGUCGGGUCAGGGCGGUUUCUGUAGGAUGUAGGUGUGUUGCGAGACUUGUAUUUUUGGUUGCAUUCCCCUCUGUUCUGGCUGUCGCACAUAAUGCUUGACCCGUCUGCUAUGGUAUAAGCUCAUAUUGCUCUCGCUUCACGGCCAUGAGCUUACGACCAUCUCUGAAUUUCCAC